AUGAUUUUGAACACAACUAUGGCUCUACUAAUGCUCAGCUCUUCAGCCAGUUUGUUUAACAACGAAACACUACCAUAUCCGCAGAUGGUUAAUAAUUCGCUGGUCAUAGAAUUGGUGAUGAGUAUACAAGAGCUGUAUGGAUUUAAAAAUUUCGUAUUCUUUAUAUCGGAACGUUUGGCCAGAGACACGGAUACAGCAACCAUAUUCUUCCAGGAUUUUUGGGAUGCUUUUCCCACCGCUCCCAUGAUAUUAAUCAUCAAUAAUCCCAGUCAAAUGGCCGGAUUUUUAAGUACAUCUUCAUUGUGUUUGAUACUGACCACGGAGAGGGAUGAUCCCAUAAUGGAGUUGGCGGCCUUUAGUUUGAAGAGUGUCCGUUUUUUAAAAACAUUAUUCAUAUUGUUUCCCAUAAAGAAAACGGAUGAGUUUUCAAAUUCAUUUGAGCAAUAUACCAUAAUUUAUGAUGGCAUACGUUUGUUGUACGCUUGGGUGUGGAAGAAGCAAUUUCUUAAUACCGUGCUCAUCACCAUCAGCAAUAACAUCUAUACACUUGAUCCUUAUCCCAUACAGAAUAUUGUGAAUAAGACUGAUAACUGGACGGCCACAGAUUUCUUUGUAGACUAUUCGCUCAAUUUUAAAGGCUAUGAAGUGCAGACCAUGGUGCGUCAUGAUUUGCCCAGAGUAUUUCGCAUGUCCAAAACACCUGGUGAUCAGAAUGGAAAUGAAAUUAGUGGAGUCUCGGGUAAAUUGUUUAUUGCCUUUGUGAAAACCAUCAAUGCCACCUUCAAUGACACUGUUAAGCAGGAGCCGGACCUGGAGGCAUUGGAUAUAAGGUCCAUUAUUCAUAUGGUAGAGGAAAAAGAUUUGGAGAUUGGUGUCAAUUCCUAUACUGCCAUGAUAGCCAGCCUGGUGGGUGCCAGCUAUCCGAUGGGCAUAAAUGACUGGUGUAUCAUGGUGCCCUAUCAGAAUCGUUCGCCCGACCGAGUGUAUUUGCAGAGUACAUUUCAAUCCUAUUCCUGGUAUCUCUUAUUAUUUAGUGUAUUCUACAUAACAGUGGGCAUAUGGUUGUGUACUCCCUCCUGGGAACGAGAUCUAAGCCUAUCAUUUCUUCAGGCUAUCUGCUCGAUUGUACUCAUAGCUCCUAUAAAGCUAUUGUCAUUGCCCUACAUACGUUUGCGCUUCUUAUUUAUUAUGCUAUUCAUAAUGGGCUUCUUUCUCACCAACAUGUACAAUUCCAAGAUGACCAGUAACUUAACCAUGCCCACUGCCCAGCCACAAAUCCAUACGGUGGAGGAUGUUAUAACUGCCAAUUUGCAAAUAAUGAUGAUGGAUUAUGAGUAUGAGAAACUGAAAGAAAUGAACUUUUCACAAAAGUUUUUGGAUUUAAUUAUUGCUAGCACCAAAGGCGAAUUGGAUAAACAUCGUGAUCGUUUUAAUAGCUCAUAUGGCUAUAGUAUACAAUCGGAUCGUUGGCUUUUCCUCAACAAACAGCAGCGUUACUUGAAGAAACCUUUAUUCCGGCUCUCAUCCAUCUGUAUUGGUCCCUACUAUCAUGUGUUUCCCCUGCAGCGAGACUCUCAUUUGGCCAAACCUUUGCAGGAUUUCAUAUUGGCUGCCUCACAAUACGGCUUUACAUCUUUUUGGCAAUCGGACGCCUUUUUAGAUGCCUUAUUUAUGGGCUAUGUUCAUAUGAUAGUGAUUGAUUUGAAACCGGUACCCUUGACAAUGGCAUUUUAUCGUUGGAUUUGGCUUAUAUGGUGGUUGGGUUUGGGUUUGGCCGGCUGCUCGUUUAUUUUGGAAUUGAAGUUAAGUGUUAUUAAGGAUAGUUUUGACCUGGAUAAAGAGUUUACCGACAGCUUUAUCUCAAGUUCAACUCUCAAGGAUGUUUGGAUGUUUCAUGCUUUAGAGUGCACUGACACUGAAAUUGCUUAUAUUUACUUGAAGAAACCUUUGUUCCGGCUUUCAUCCAUAUGUAUUGGUCCCUACUAUCAUGUGUUUGCCCUACAGCGAGACUCUCAUUUGGCCAAACCUUUGCAGGAUUUAAUUUUGGCUGCCUCACAAUACGACUUCACAUCUUUUUGGCAAUUGGACGCCCUUUUAUGGGCUAUGUUCAUAUGA